GAAGUCCUGCAUUUCCUCUUGUCGCAACACUCGCGUGUCGUGUCUGUCGGCUAGCUGCUACUUAUAUAAACAACCCGAAUUAAAAUAUGAAACACUUGACAGGAGCGUGACAAUAACCACGCACUGCAUGAGGAAUGAGACGGUAUUCGUUUGGCUUACGCUUGUAAACUGCAGUAAAGAAAGGGUUUCGGAAACGCUGCUGUGUACAUGCAUACAAACUGACAUUUGUAUUGUGAAAGGACGCAUUGUGUUUGUUGCUCAGCCGGACCAUCCGUGAAUAAUCUGCUUCAUCUCUUAGUGUUGGGGAUGUGACCCUCUCUCACAUUAUGGUCUCAGCCACUCAUGUGAUCAUGACUGUCCAUCCCGUUCUGGUCCUGCUGCCCAUUCUGGGGCUCCUUGUGCUUCCAUGUGCACCCUUGCCAUUGGAGAAUGGCCUUAGGAUAGUGGCUAAUGUGACUGUGGAUGACCCAGGGGAAUGUGGCCUAAAUUAUUGUCCUGAAGGUGAAGUCUGUUGGAAGGCUAUUGUUAAUACAAAACGAUCUGUGUGUUUUCUGAUCAGCUGCCCGAAUAAUACCCAGAAUUUUUCUUGUGAAAAUGUCACAAAUUUCAACGACUUGUUAGUGGAACUUGGUGUGAUCACAAAUGACUCCAUCCAUGUGGGCAAAAAUCAGACUGAUAAAUCAGCGCUUCCCUAUCAGUCUGCUGGCACCAGCUCUUCAUCUAAUGGAUCACAACCUUUGCCAACCGAACCUAACGUCUCGAUCUCCAGGACUUCCACUACCACAGAUCCGGCCACAUUUACCAACCCAAACUUUGUUUUUGCAGACUCCAUCCAUGUGGGAAAAAGUCAGACUGAUAAAUCAGCGCUUCCCCAUCAGUCUGCUGGCACCAGCUCUUCACCUAAUGUAACAAAACCUUUGCCAACUGAACCUAACAUCUCGAUCUCCAUGACUUCCACUACCACAGAUCUGGCCACUUUACAAAUCAACUUUACAACUAUAACGACCACCAACCUGCAGACAACUCCAACAGAGAAAGCCGCCACAACUGAUGCAGUGGCAAAACCAGCGAUCACCGCAACCAUUCCGACAACACCAGCCGUGACGUCCACCACCACAACUACACCUAAACCAACCACAACCAGCCCUAAACCCUCUCCAACAUCUACCAGCACAACCACCACCACUACAACAGUUGCACAAACCAUAAUUCCAAAACAGUCGUCUUCACCGUCACCAUCAGGGGCCAAUAUGUCCGCCUGCAUCUCACCAUCAGUGCCUACAACACCUUCAUUCACUCCUUCCACAAAACUGAUCCAAACUUCUGCAGCAUCAUCAGAUCAGAAGAAGCCAUCACAGACCAUGUCAAAAACCUCAUUGAGCCCCUCAGUAGUGGUGUCUGCACUGCCUAAGGACAUUCCCAAAGGGGACCAAGUUAUGAUUGAGGUGGCCAGAGACCCUUUGACCAGCCACCUGUUGAACACAAGCUCCUUGUUGGCCGUUCUUCUGUUUGGCCUCCUCUUCUUCGUGGUCACAGUGGCACUGAUUCUCAAACAAGCAUACGAGAGUUACAAGCGGAAGGACUACACUCGGGUCGACUACCUCAUCAAUGGAAUGUACUCCGAUUCAGGGGUCUGACCGGGAUUGUGUGAUUUACAUUUCAGUAUAUUUCCAUUUUCAAAGGUUGGUAGCAGAUUGACAGAAGAUCCCUUGGUAGCACUCAAAUGCUCAAAAGCCCCGUACAACUUCAAGAUACGAGAAUCCAGCUGGUGCUCAAGUGAGUUGGUAUGAUGUGUAUCUUUUGUUUCUAUGCAGAUUUAGCUUCCACUUAAUUCUUGACACAUGGGGCUGAAGCCUUAGUAUUAACUUAGCCCUCAUCCUUCAUUCAACGAAUGUCAUUUAUAAGGGAUUCAUAGUGCAAUACAUGGAAAUGUUUUGUCUUAUCUGUCAUGUCCAGUGUUUCAUCUGCAGCUGAUGAGUUGGCUGCAAUAAUUGCCUUUUUUUGUAU